AUGGGAAUAAUGUCAAUCAACGACUUGGAUGAACUGUCAGGUACAAUUACUCUGACUGUGAUAUUCCAUUCAAUAUGGAAAGAAGAAAGAUUUACGUGGAAUCCUGAACUAUUGGGCGGUCUGAAAUCACUAACCCUUCCUCAGGAAUCCGUGUGGUUGCCGGAAAUGGUUCUCACCACUGCAGCAGACGACACAGUGCAUAUCUCUACAAAGGGCAAUUUCAAGGUGCGCGUGGAUUUCACGGGUCUUAUGAACUGGUGGAGGAUUGGAAUCAUCAAGUCAGCAUGUGUAGCGGAUGUGACGUAUUUUCCGUACGAUUUCCAAAAGUGCCAUGUAGUUCUGUCGCCUUUUGGGUACCAGACGGAAGAGAUAAGCAUAGUUGCCAUAAGGGAUACGAUUUCGUUUGAUCACUUCUCUAACAAUGGUCAAUGGAAAGUAAAAUCGUCGUCGGUCAAGGUCAAUUCCCUACCCAUGACGAAGGACAAGAUAGAAGACAGUGUAGUAUUUGCUAACUUUACGCUAGAAAUUGAGAGAAAGUCGUUGUACUUUGUCGUGUCCGUGAUAAUCCCAAUAGCAUUACUUGCUCUACUCAACCCAUGUGUGUUCGCUCUCCCUAUAGAAUCUGGCGAACGGGUAUCCUUCGCUAUAACCGUAUUGUUGUCAUUCGCGGUAUUUGAGUCUAUGGUCAGCGAUUACAUGCCUCAGGGGUCGGACCCAAUGUCGUUGCUCUCUCUAUUCUUGGUAAUAACACUGUUGAACAGCACACUUAUCACAAUAACAACCAUCCUGCUUCAUGCUAUGUACCACAAGGAUGAUACCGACGCCGUACCGGAAUGGUUGGUUCAAAUGCAUCUUUUUAUUCGACAAUGUACACCAUCACGAAAAAUAAAUCCAGCGUACCCGAGACCUGAAGACAAGGAAACCAUCUCCGAAAUGUCCGACUCGGACAGAAAGUCACAAUACGGGCACACGGAAAAAUCAGAAUCCAAAAUGGCUACCAGUAUCAACGACGUGGACACGGGUAUGAGGUCAGCCUCCGAAGAUUCGGCUAUAAAUUGGAGACAAAUAACGGAAACGUUUGAUCGUAUAUUCCUUGUAGUGUUUCUCUUGUUCAAUUUUCUUUUUUGUUUAGUGUUUUUCUUGUAUAUAUCUUAG